UCUUCGAAUCACAACACACAUCAACCAUGGCACUACCUCUAGGAAUCUUCCUCGGUGGCUGUGUCGUCGCGAUUCCGGUCGUGACAGGGGUCGCAGAGGGCGUUGAGUACCAGAAGAAGCAGAACGAAGAGGCUGCCAAUGAGACGCGUAUGAUCAAGUUCAAUCUGCUCGUCAACUGCGACUCCAAAGACCCCAUCGCGAAAGAUGAAGUCGACUACGGUACUGUAAUUCUGCGCCACGACAAAGCCUGGGUCGUACCGCGCGACGACGAGGGAAAACCCUUGCCUCCGGACGACAGCAAGGAGAUGAAUCCACCCAUGCAUGCUUUUGCUGGCUUCUACAUCCAGUAUCCAGAUGAAGCAAGAUGUCCGCCGGAGAGAGGUCUGGUCAGCACGAUCAGUGAUGACCCACCGAUGCUAAAUUGGGUCUAUUGCGACAAGGACACCUAUGAGUUGAAGUACAACAACCGCAGUGGAUCCAUCAAUCACAUUGUCGGAGAAUGGGAUUGGACUCAAGAUGAACGCAUGAUGCUCUUCGACGGCUGGGAGGGCUUCGUUGCGGUUGAUGAGUGGGACGGUGCUGACGAGGACGAAUCGACACCCUGGGGAAGAGAAGGUUUGCGCUGGGCUUUGUACUUUGAUCUGGAAGACAACGGUCUCAAAGGUCGAAGGAAAGGGCGAGAUAUGUUCGAAGUCACGCUCGAACGGAAGGUUCAGAGCGCCGAAGAUCAGCUGAAGCAGCUAGAAGAAGCAGAGAAGAAGAUGCAGGUCAAGAGCAGAGGUGGACUGAGCACGCAGUUCUCGGCACCGGCAAGGGAGCGAACUAAGGAGUGGGAGCAAAAGUUCGGAGAAGGUGCAAGGCGGACAAGUGACGUGUGAAGAUGUGGACUAUGCUGUGGUUGCUGAUCGGGCGCCACGUACGUUUUCCCUAUACAAGCAACGCCUUGUAGCCAGAACCACCAGAUCUCCAAACGCCAAAGAUCUUCAAACCCAUUGAUUCCAUGCCACUGUCAUCCCGCGCCUCAGGUAGAGA